CCCGAGAAGAGGAGAGGCCGCGAGCCCACCCAACAGCACGAGGCACGAGCGCUCUCGCUCACGAGUCACACACACUUCCCACCCAAUCCAUCCGCCACCGCCGCCCGAUCCCUCCCUCCGAUCCUCGCCGGAAUGGCGGGCUCCUCCGCGGUCUGGGCCGCGCACCACGCCAGCUGCAGGCCCCAGCACCCGCCCACCUCCUCCUCGUCCCAGCGCCCGCGCCGGGGCGCCGGCGUCCUCCCGCUCCCGCCCAGGCGGGGCGGCGCCUCCCUCGCCGCCGCCGCGGCCACCGCCACCGCGGCGCCGCCCGUGGCGAGGACGGCGUCGGAGGAGGCCGUCUACGAGGUCGUGCUGCGGCAGGCGGCGCUCGUGGAGGGCGCCGUCGCGAGCGCCGCGGCGGCGCGGCGGCGCCCGCGCUGGGCGGAGGAGAAGGAGGAGGAGGGGCUCCGCGGGUGGGGCCUCCUCGGCGACGCCUACGACCGCUGCGGCGAGGUCUGCGCCGAGUACGCCAAGACCUUCUACCUCGGCACACAGCUUAUGACUCCUGAAAGGCGCGAAGCUGUCUGGGCAAUCUAUGUAUGGUGCAGAAGAACCGACGAACUAGUGGAUGGUCCUAACGCGUCGUACAUCACACCGACUGCUCUUGAUCGGUGGGAGAAGCGGCUAGAAGAUCUUUUCGAAGGCCGUCCGUAUGACAUGUACGAUGCAGCCCUCUCAGACACGGUGUCAAAGUUUCCGGUAGAUAUCCAGCCAUUCAAAGAUAUGAUUGAAGGGAUGAGGCUUGACUUGUGGAAGUCGAGGUACAGGACCUUUGAUGAGCUCUACCUCUACUGCUACUACGUCGCUGGCACAGUUGGCCUCAUGACAGUUCCUGUAAUGGGCAUCGCCCCAGACUCAAAGGCCUCUACUGAGAGCGUGUACAAUGCUGCACUGGCUCUUGGCAUCGCUAACCAACUGACGAAUAUUCUCAGAGAUGUAGGCGAAGAUGCAAGGAGAGGGAGAAUAUACCUUCCACUGGACGAGCUUGCACAGGCAGGUCUGACGGAAGAUGACAUUUUCAGAGGGAAAGUGACUGAUAAGUGGAGGAGAUUCAUGAAGGGCCAGAUUCAGCGUGCCAGGUUGUUCUUCGACGAGGCUGAGAAGGGUGUGGCCCAUCUAGACUCUGCGAGCAGAUGGCCGGUCCUCGCGUCCCUCUGGCUGUACAGGCAGAUCCUCGAUGCCAUCGAGGCGAAUGACUACAACAACUUCACCAAGCGCGCCUAUGUAGCCAAGGCGAAGAAGCUGCUGUCGCUGCCAGCCGCGUACGCAAGAGCAGCUGUUGGGUCAUGAUGCGUCUGAAGAUCAGAUGUUCAUUUUUUUUUCUUCUCUCAGCUUGGUGUUCCCUUUUUUUUUCUUUUUUUUUGGGAGAUCUGUUGGGUGUUGUAUAUAAUCAGCUUCAGUUGCCUGCAUGGCAUAAGCCUGUGUGUCACACACAGUUGUUAGUCUAGGGGACCAGGUCCCUCAAUACUCAGCUCUUGUCACGACACAGAAUGGAAAGAAAGUUAGAAUUCAAGAAGCAUUAUUAGUUGUGGAUAA